CUUCAAACCCGCAACUUCCAAUCACAACGCUUUCCAACAAUUUCCUCCUUCCUAAAACGCUUGUUUUAGAAAAACUCACAAACCAGAACAGCUCACUUCUUCUCUCUUUAAAAUACACCAAACCUGUUUAUCAAAACAAUAACAAAACCAUUUCAGAUUUUCAAUUUCAUUGCAACACACCAUGGCCGGCAUGUUGAGACUUGCCAUGGCCUUCUCUGUUUUGCUCUCUCUGUCUCUGCCAUCAUCCCAUGCCCAAACCGCUGCUUGUGGAAACUACAAAUUUACAAGCAACAAGAUCUUCACCUCCUGCAGCGACCUUCCCUACCUCAACUCUUUCCUCCAUUGGACCUUUGAACAAUCAACCGGGAAACUUCAAAUGGCGUACAGACACACAGGGAUCACAACCUCAAACUGGGUCGCGUGGGCCAUCAACCCAAACCAAAACAGUGAAUCGUCAGCCAUGGUUGGUGCUCAAUCUCUGGUUGCUUUUCAGCAAUCCAAUGGAACCACCAGGGUCUACAAGUCGCCUAUCAGCAACUACCAGACCAAUUUGGCGGAGGGAAAUCUGGAAUACGACGUUUCUGAUUUGUCAGCCGAGUAUUUGAACAAUGAUGAGAUGAUCAUCUUUGCUACGUGGACUCUUCCCACCAAUUCAACCACCAUACUUCAGGUUUGGCAGCAGGGUCCGGUUUCCAGUGACUCGCCCUCAGUUCAUCCCACCGUUGCACCCAACACUAAUGCCAAGGGGACUUUGAAUUUGCUUUCUGGGCAGACAGCAUCGAGCGGUGGAGGCGGCUCUAGAAUUAGAAAGAAAAACAUCCAUGGAAUUCUAAAUGCAGUGAGUUGGGGUGUGUUGAUGCCUUUUGGAGCAAUGGUAGCAAGGUACUUGAAGGUCUUCAAAUCCGCAGACCCUGCAUGGUUUUACCUUCACGCCACUUGCCAAACCUCAGCCUACGUUGUUGGUGUUGCUGGCUGGGCCACUGGUCUUAAACUUGGUAGCGAUUCUACAGGCAUCCAGUACGACACACACAGAAACAUUGGGAUCACCCUCUUCUGCCUUGGAACACUUCAGGUCUUUGCUUUGCUUCUGAGACCCAACAAGGACCACAAAUUCAGAUUCCACUGGAACAUCUACCACCACGCAACUGGGUACGCUGUUAUCAUCCUCAGCAUCGUCAACAUAUUCGAAGGAUUUGACAUCUUGCAACCUGAGAAGAAGUGGAAGAAUGCAUACAUCGGCUUGAUCAUUGCCUUGGGUGUCCAAGCGGCAUUGUUGGAAGCUUAUACAUGGUAUGUUGUACUGAAGAGGAAGAGGUCAGAAAAGGCACCGCGCACGGCCAAUGGUGUCAACGGCUACAGUGCUUAGAGGUCAGAGGAAGGAGAUGCAGAGCGUACGGAAUAGUUUGGCAGCGGGAGGAAAUGGUUCUUUUGAGUUUCUUCCUCCACCUUCAUCUUCCUUCUGCAUACAUGUUCUUGCACCCUUUUGUAUAUUUUAUGGCAUGAGUGUGUACACUAUUAUGUACUGAGGGAUUUCAGGAUUAGAGAUAAUUCUUUCGUAAAUUAGACAUGCUACCUGAGAGAUUUGAUGUAUUGUACUGAGGGAUUUUUUCCUGAUAUAUUUAUUUUUCCAUCUCAUUUCAUUGCU